AUCUCUGUCUGCCUGCCAGCUGAUGCUGACUGGAGGUAAAGGUUUUUCUCUCCCCUUCUCAUCCUGGGGAAAAAACCUGGACGCACUGACGGAGAUUUUGGACACCGGCUACGACUUGGUGAUGACAGCGGGAGGGAAACUGCGAAUUUUAAGAAAACAAACCAACAACCGAGAGAGAGAGAGAAAGCGCACAGAGAGCAAGACAUUACACAGUAACGCAGGAGGAAACACAACAACUUCCAGCGGUUGUGUCCCCGGGGCGGUCUGCAGGGAGCUGGAGAGCUGUUGCUACCAGAAAGGUGAGUGUACAACUCUCGGUCCGAGAUGGAGUUCCCGGACGACUACCUGCUGGCCAAGCUGGGUCACCAGCUCUACAACGACUCGUUCUUUCAGAACAACUUCAGCGGCACCUUCAACGACACCGAAGCCUUACUGCCAACGGGGGUCAAGGUCACCAUCGUGGUCGUCUACAUGAUCGUGUGUGUCAUCGGCCUGGUGGGAAACUUCCUGGUCAUGUAUGUCAUCAUAAGAUACACGAAGAUGAAAACAGCCACCAACAUCUACAUCUUUAACCUGGCUCUGGCUGACUCUUUGUUUCUCUUUACUUUACCUUUCCAGGGCACCGACGUGUUCCUGGGCUCCUGGCCGUUUGGGAACGCUCUGUGCAAAGCAGUGGUGUCCAUCGACUACUACAACAUGUUCACCAGCACCUUCACCCUGACAGUGAUGAGUAUGGACAGGUAUGUGGCCGUCUGCCACCCUGUCAAAGCACUCGACAUGAGGACUCCUCACAAGGCCAAGGUGGUUAAUAUCUGUGUGUGGGUGUUGGCUUCAGCCUUUGGUGUCCCAGCCAUGGUCCUGGGAAAUGUUGAGGAGGAGCAAGAGCAUAACAACAUUGAGUGCGUUGUGGUUUUGCCUGAGCCAAGGAGUCACUGGGAUUCUGUCUUCGGAACCUGCGUUUUCUUCUUCUCCUUCCUCAUCCCUGUGGCUAUCAUCAGCAUCUGCUACAGCCUGAUGGUCAAGCGCCUUCGCAACGUACGCAUCCUGUCCGGCUCCAAGGAAAAGGACCGCAACCUGCGGCGCAUCACCAGGAUGGUCCUGGUGGUGGUGGCCGUAUUCGUCAUCUGUUGGACCCCCAUCCAGAUCAUGGUCCUGGCUCAGUCACUGGGCUUCAACCUGAGCAGCUUGUUCACGUUGGUCCUGAUGCACUUCUGCAUCGCACUGGGCUACGUCAACAGCAGCUUGAAUCCUGUACUCUACGCCUUCCUGGAUGAGAACUUCAAGCGCUGCUUCCGCGAGUUCUGCAACCCGUCACCGUUCCGCCUCGACACCCAGCAGUCGGGCAGGAUGAGGAGCAUUGCUAGGGAGGUGGCGGCGGCCUACAGCUGCAAGGCUGAUGGUUGUGGGCCUGGAGGAGGAACACCUAAUCCAGCAUGACUAGGCGUGGAGCUCCCUUUGGUGGGGGUAGACCCCCAACAGAGAAGAGAGAACCACGGGACAGGGAACUCCAACACAGAGUUGACUCAGAUUACAGCUCUCUAGCGGCACGAGCCCCCCCGCCCCCCAACUAGAAGACUGGCCUGGGGUGGGGGGGAGGGAGAUGAGGAGGAUGGGGUCGAAAGGAAAAGAAUUUAGGAGUAGGGAUGUGGAUGACAAAGGUAGGGUGGGAGGGAAAAGGGAUACAUUACAAGCUUGGGUGGGAUAGGUGGUGGACAUCAGGGUUGGCGAUGGUGCCGGAUAUGGGGGGAGCUCAAAAUAUUAUGGAUCCUGGAACUUGGAAUGAUUACGGCCUCCACUGAAGGGGUAAGACAUUUUGCAAUGUAAGACUUACAUCAAUAAUCCAACUGUCUUUAGGUGGAUUUAAACACAAAAGAGGAAUUAUUUGACAUGUAUUGCAAAUCCAAAAACAACAGCCUCACAAACAGAAACUGCAUCUGCAAACUGAGGUUGGUACCCAGUUGCUGCAUCUCUAGAAAGAUGUCUGACUUUACUUGGGUAUGAGAAGGCAGGGGUUGGGGCUAGACAUUUGGAGAGAGCAUAUACACAGCACAGGACUAAUAGAAGGAGUGCAGAUUCCAAAAUCUCUGAAACCACCGCAACGCAACACUGCGUUGGUGCUUAUAGAAAUAAUAUAACAUUGGACGCACGGUAAGGAUCGCGGACUGAAGACUUGCCAAGAAAGAGUAAAGCUUUCUUGAAAUGU